CCAUCCAGCAAAUUAGAGUUUGCACCUGUCGGAUUUUCUCUCUCCUUUCUCUCAACCUAUCAAAAUUAUAACAGCCAUCACCAACGGCUUCAACCCCCUGCCAGUGGCAUCAUUUUUCUUGCUACUUUCUUCUUCUUCAUCCACUCCAACCCCAAAAAUGCAGCUCGGUCGAAGAACGUAUUCAAACCCGAGAGCUUUUUAGAGCCUCUCGAUACAUAUAUAUCUAUAUCUAUAUCUAUAUCUAUAUCUAUAUUUCAUGCAGAAGAAGCUUCGUGUUAUCGACCAUGGCGUACCCACAUUACCGAUCCCAAUUCGGAGAUACCACUUUCACUAAAGUGUUCGUCGGUGGGCUAGCUUGGGAGACGCCCACCGACGAAAUGAGGAGAUAUUUUGAGCAAUUCGGCGACAUUCUUGAAGCUGUGAUUAUCACCGAUAAGAACACCUCCAAAUCCAAAGGAUACGGCUUUGUCACGUUUCGAGACGCUGAAUCUGCGAGAAGGGCUUGUGCUAAUCCAAACCCAAUGAUCGAUGGGAGACGAGCUAAUUGUAACAUUGCUGCAAUGGGUCGGCCUCGGCCUUCGCCUCCACGAGGACGAGGGCAGGGUGGCGUAAACCCCUAUCAAGGAAGUACAAUGCAGGCAGCACCAUCUUAUAGUGGAGUCCCGCCGCCGUUAAACCAGCCACCGCUUCCUCCGCCGCCGCCCCCUGUCGUUUAUUCACCAUACGGAUACCCAACAUACACUACUGAUUAUGGCUACCACCACCAGCACUACCAGCACCACCAACAACCAGUGUACAACCCAUAUUUCUAUGGCUAUUCAUUACAAUCCCCCAGAGGAGCAUUUCCCAGUCCUUCACAGUCGCAUCAGCCCCGUGUAGCGGUUCCUCCUUAUGUGUACUAUCCUCCUCCCGCCGCCGCCGCCGCCGCCGCUCAGUUUGAAGGCUCGUUCAGCUAUCCUCCUCCUCCUCUGAUACGACACCGUUUUGCCUCCACAGAUUCACAGACAUCUCAGCAAACUCCUCCAGAAGCUGAAGCUGAAGCUGUUACCUCUGAAACUUCAACCACCUGAGAGAACGAAUUCACAAAAACCAAACCAAACCAAAUCGAACCGAACCGAAUUAUUGGUUCAAUUUCUCAUGCCAAAAAAAAAAAAACCCAAAAAAAAAGGUGGAGAUAGAAAAUUGUAUAAAGUUGACUACUUGAUCGAUUUGACCGUCUUUUUCA